AAGAAAGAAGAGAUAAUAAUACUUUAUCCUCAUUGGCUCUAUCUCUCGGUUUCUGACUUUCUGUUGUUGUCUCCAAAUUCAGAGUUCACAAAGCAAACAGAAGAAGAAGAAGAAAAAAAAAAAAUGCUUCUCCAAACCACCAUAUCAUCAUCUCCACCACUUCAAAUGCAACACCAACUCCAUCUCUCUCAUUCUCAUUCUCUUCUUCCAUUUGGGUCUCUCCAACCCAAGCCUUACAAGCUCUCUCUCCAGGCUAUUGUUCAGCGCAAUGGUGCACCAGUUUUGAUAAACUCUACAACAGGCUAUGGAGUGAACCUUAUUAGAUUUCCCAAUUUUCAGAUAUUUCAAAGGGAAUUGGCAAUGGAAUUCCUUACUUUAAAAAACUCUGAGAAAUGUGUAAGGAACCAUUUGAUUAUUGAAGAUAUUGAAGAUGGGAAAAGACCAUUAAAUUGGGUAUCUGUGUUCUCAUUUGCACAAACCUUUUGGUUGAUUCACGCGCAAGUGGCACAUGCAAGUGAAAAAAUCAGCACAAAUGCGGUUUAUGAGAUUGGAGAGUUAUUUGAAUUAGGAAUCCAGCUAUCAUAUUUGCUACUAUUAUUAGGUUUGCUUGGGGCUGGAACCUUCUUUGUGAUUCGUCAAGUCCUUGUACGCAGAGAACUUGAUCUUUCAGCUAAAGAAUUGCAGGAACAGGUAAGAAGUGGUGAUGCCAGUGCAACCGAGUAUUUUGAACUUGGUGCGGUGAUGCUGAGGAGGAAAUUUUAUCCAGCUGCUACUAAGUAUUUGCUUCAGGCAAUUGAGAAAUGGGAUGGAGAUGAUCAAGAUCGUGCACAGGCUUACAAUGCGCUAGGGGUCUGUUAUGUACGCGAUGGGAAGCUUGACAAGGGAAUUAAACAAUUCGAAACAGCUGUGAGGAUUCAGCCAGGCUAUGUCACAGCUUGGAACAACCUUGGUGAUGCCUAUGAGAAGAAGAAAGAGUACAAUUCUGCUCUCAAAGCAUUUGAAGAAGUGCUGCUUUUUGACCCUAACAAUAAGGUGGCACGACCUCGACGAGAUGCUUUGAAGGACCGUGCAAAAAUGUAUAAAGGAGUUUCUGUGAAAUCAAAGGACAGAUGAUUUGACUGAGGAUUUCAUGCAGCAUGUAUUAAUUCUAACAAUGAUCUAUGGCUAACGAGCAUAUACAUGUAUCAAGAACCUCAUUUUGGUUGGCAUGGCAUAGAGCUUUGGAUAAACAGUGAGCAGAUGUUCCAUGGUUUGAAUGGAUUUUACUUAUGAGGGGCCUCUGAAUGAAUCAUCCCAAUUUGUUUUUUCUAUUUUUUGUAAUGCCUAAGAAGAGUAUUUGUUUUUUUAUUGCACUUUGAAACACGUUUUUGAAUGUUUAUGAUUUGUAUGACAUGACCCCCAUUAUAUGUAUUAUUGUAAUUUUAAUCA